GAACAGCAAAUAGGAGCUCGAAAUUACAAUACCCCGGGGGAAAGCAAUCAUUACGUAUUAUAGUCUCAAGAGUUAAUGGAGAUACAGAGAAAAUAACAAAUAUUACAACUUAAUUUCAGAGACAUGACGCGUUUAUACAAAACAAAAGUACAAAAUGUCCAACUGAUGCAUAACCAUUUCCCUGUUAGAAUAUGCAAAAGAUAUAUUUUUGGGGUAGCUCUCUUCUUUGGUAUAUUGUUCUCUAUACAGUAUAUAAAAGACCAUAAAAGGGCGUUGACUAAUAGGAAAAGACUGUUGGUUCACAGUAGAGAUAUACCAGAUAGAAAUAGAGCUGGUGAGAUGACUACACUGACUGACAUCGUCAAUAAUGAUGUGAGCAUGGUAGUUGGAAAUGAGUUUAGCAGAGAAGAAGAAAGUGAUCACAAGGAUAAAGAGAACGAUUGGAACACUAAUGAUAAAAAUGAUUUCAGUGCAACAGAUAACAAUAAUGUCAAUAAAAUGGACGAAGAUGUCACUAUUGUGGUUUCAUACUUCACCUUAAAAGAUUUCCAAAAAGGGUCAAAAGAUAUAUGGAGGAAAUCAAACGAUUAUGAGAAAUGGGUCCAACCAUUGGCAUUCAUGAAAAAUCCUUUGGUAAUGUACACAGACUCAGAGUUGAUCAAACGUUCAUUACAACAUAGUCGAUUAGAAAAUAAACUCGUCGACACGAAGAUAAAACUCAUUGAGCAAGACAAAUUGGAGACAUUUCAGAUGAAAUCCAGUGUCAAAGCUAUCUUCGAACAACGACGUUAUCCCAAAGCCUACCCAAACACAAUAGAACCCGGUUAUUCUUGUGCAACAAAUGCCAAGUAUGAAGUCACUCGCCUUGCAAUAAGAUCUGGUGAUGUAAAAACAAAUCAUGUCUGCUUCAUGGAUGCAGGCUAUAUCCGUAAUCCCAACAUACAAAAGUACUUCACAGUUCAUAUGCCUCCUAGUCUGGACCCACAGGCUGUUGCAUACAGCACUGUAUACAGGAAACGUUCAAAUAUGAGUAUGGCAGUUAUGGUAAAGCAUAACUAUGUAUGGUUGGCCGGUGGAUUGUUUUGUGCCACAAAGGACACGAUGUUAAAAUGGACCAUUCAGCAUUGGGAAACUUUCAAGAAGUGUAUUAAGAUGAGGCAAAUAAGCACCGAUCAGCAGACGAUAUAUUAUAUGAACCUCACUCUUCCUCUGACACCUGGCACAGUCUGGGUACAGCCUUAUACAUACCCCGGAAGAUUUGUCGAACCGUACCAUUACUUAGGAGAGCUGUGUUUCGGUUAUACCAAAUUAGGAAAACAGUAGAUCGUAAAAGACUUUCUUAAAACAUGAUCGUCGCAUUAUACUCAAAAGUUGUUUGACAACUUCAGACUGACUCUGACUGCACUCAAAACGUCAGGC